UCUUAUUUUCUGGUCAGGAACUUAAUGAAUAGAACUUUGAAUAUCGACAAUACAUAUAACAUACUUUAGAGACACCUGUAUGUGAAUACAAUAGCUUGACCCUGAAGUGGUCAACAGGCCCCAUCUUGUACAUCUAUACAAGCAUAUGAUGCUGAAAAGGGAGUGAACUGAUGAAACAUGGAUGUCGACUCAUUCAGUGAGAAUGAUCUCCUUCUUUUAGAUAACCACAUGGAUGGUGGAGCAAAGUUUUUAGGUAGCGGAGCAAAUGGCACUGCUGACUCUCGAAGAGACGGGCGACAGGAAAAUGCUCAACGCAGUGUGAGCAGUACAGACGAUGAACUGUUGGACAUCCGUACUGACCGUUACGGCCCUGGCAGCUUGGGAUCUGACCGCUAUGAAACACUUGGCUACAUGAAUGCUGACUAUGAUGAUGAAGAGGAGGGAAAGUUUCAGACAAGUUCCUCCAACCUCAUGGAUACCUUGGAAGAUCUGCCCCCAGGUAUCGGCCAGUAUGAUGACUUCCACACGAUCGACUGGUUGCGAGACAUCGCCAGGGACCGCAUGCGACACCGCCAUAUCAUGAAAAAGAAGCAGGAGGGAUUCCUGGAAAAGCUUAAGAGUGCCCAUGAUGCCUGGUCUGGCUGGGUGUGUGUGUUAUUAGUGGGAGUGGCUGCAGGUGCUUGUGCUGGCGUGAUCGAUAUUGGAGCAACAUGGAUGUCUGACCUAAAGGAGGGUGUAUGUAGGGAUGCCUUCUGGCUCCCUAAGGAACAAUGCUGCUGGUCAGCAAACAACUCCUUCUUCAAUAAUAGUGGCUGUUCUCAGUGGUAUUCCUGGUCACAAUUAUUAGGAGCGGGUAAGGAUGUUAACAGUGGAGGCUACUACAUUGUUGCGUACUUCGUAUACAUUUUGUGGGCUCUUCUUUUUGCCUUUCUUGCUGCAAUGUUUGUACGCAUGUUUGCCCCCUACGCAUGUGGAUCUGGUAUCCCUGAGAUUAAAACCAUUCUGAGUGGAUUUAUCAUCCGUGGAUAUCUGGGUAAGUGGACACUACUCACCAAGUCUAUUGGGAUGAUGUUAGGUGUGUCUGCAGGGCUGAGUCUCGGCAAGGAGGGACCUUUUGUCCACGUGGCUUGUUGCUGUGGCAACAUCUUCUCUUAUCUGUUCCCCAAGUAUGGUAGCAACGAGGCAAAAAAGAGAGAGAUUCUGUCUGCUGCAUCAGCCGCAGGUGUGAGUGUGGCGUUCGGUGCUCCAAUUGGAGGGGUGCUUUUCAGUCUAGAAGAGGUGAGCUACUACUUUCCAUUGAAAACUUUGUGGCGUUCGUUCUUCUGCGCUCUGGCUGCAGCAUUUGUCCUACGUUCCAUCAACCCAUUUGGGAACGAUCACUUGGUGAUGUUUUAUGUUGAAUAUAAUGAACCAUGGUAUCUCCAGGAGCUGAUCCCAUUCAUCUUUCUGGGGGCAGUAGGGGGUGUGUUUGGGAGCUUAUUCAUCAAGCUGAAUAUAAAGUGGUGUAAAUUUAGGAAAUCGUCAGUACUAGGAAAAUAUCCUAUUGUUGAGGUACUUGGGGUCGCUUUUAUCACAGCCUUACUGAGUUACCCAAAUGAGUAUACAAGAAAAAAUACGAGUGAACUUAUUCGCCAGCUGUUCAGCAGGUGUGGACCUGAGGAUAACACAGAAUUAUGUGAUUACAAAAGAAAUUACUCGUCAUUGAAUGCAGCAUCACCAACGUUUUACUCAUCGAGUACAGAGGCUGGGGACGGAGUGUACAAGGCUUUGUGGAUGUUAUCUAUAGCACUCAUUUUUAAAGCUAUCAUCACCAUCUUUACAUUUGGUAUUAAGAUACCUGCUGGUCUGUUCAUUCCAAGUAUGGCAGUCGGGGCUAUUGUAGGUCGAAUCGUUGGUAUUGGAGUAGAGCAAUUGGUUGUGAGAUAUCAUUCUAAUCCAUUUUUCCAUAACAUGUGUGUGUCAGACAAUUUCUGCACAAUCACACCUGGAUUGUAUGCCAUGGUGGGGGCCGCUGCAGUGCUUGGGGGUGUAACGAGGAUGACAGUGUCCCUGGUGGUAAUAAUGUUUGAGCUGACAGGAGGGUUACAGUACAUUGUGCCUCUGAUGGCUGCCGUCCUCACCAGCAAGUGGGUAGGAGACUCGUUAGGGAGAGAAGGAAUUUAUGAUGCUCAUAUCCACCUGAACGGCUAUCCGUACUUGGAUAGUAAGGAGGAGUUCACUCACACAACCAUCGCUGCGGAUGUGAUGCGACCUCGACCCCAGAGCUCGGGUGGAGAUUCUGGGGACCAGCGUCCCAGAUAUAACAGGAAGCAGAGGAGUGACGCAGAGACUCGACUUAUCAGUGACCCACUACAGGCAACUAGCAGACGGAAUGAUCCUCCACUCUGUGUCAUCACACAAGACUCCAUGACAUUGGAGGAGCUAGAAACGACAUUGAAAUCCUCCGAUCACAAUGGUUUCCCUGUGGUUGUGUCCCGCGAGUCCCAGUAUCUCGUUGGAUUUGUACUCCGUAGGGAUGUCAACCUUGCUAUAGAAAACUCGAGGAAGAAUCAAGAGGGCAUUGUCUCCAGUUCUAUAGUGUAUUUCACCAGUCAUGUACCCAGUAAUCCAAACGACCCCGCCCCCCUCAAACUGAGGAAAAUCCUAGACAUGGCCCCAGUGACCAUCACAGAUCAGACACCAAUGGAGACGGUUGUGGAGAUGUUCCGUAAACUCGGGCUGCGACAGACACUAGUUACACAUAACGGUCGUCUCUUAGGAAUUAUCACCAAAAAAGAUGUUCUACGCCAUGUUGCCCAGCUUCAAAACCAGGACCCAGAAUCUAUAUUGUUCAAUUAGACUGAAGACGAUCUCAAAACGAAUAGUGUUCCUCAAUGAUACAACUCAAUGAUACAACUCCUACCAUUGGGUGGAUGAUUUUCCAUAUCAUCUCAAACGUAAUUGUGAAGUUAACUUUUUGUUGUUACUUUCAUAUGACAUAUACUCAAUGCUGUUGACACAUGAGAUAUCACUCUAGCCUGUGUGAUUACUGACCUGUCUGUAUGUGUGACUACACUGUCGUGUGUCUCUGUGAGUAGUGAAUUCAGCCACAUCAUUUGCAUACAUGUAUUUAACCUUUCCAACUGAAGAACAGCCUGUGGAUAAAGUGUAUCCUGUUUUCUUAAUUUGGAAAAUCUAUUGAAUUGUAACAAUAGUUGUAACUAUUACAUUUUCAUCUGAGAAAGUCUCAUCAUCUACACAAAAUCAGAAAAAGGCGAGGAUCGUCACUGGAAGUGCUAUGGCCAUACUGCUACAGAUCAUGGCUUGUCUUAUGAAGUGCUAAAUGGUAAAUUGUAUCAGCUGUUCAACCACUCUACCACAGUUUUAAACAAGGAAGACAAAGGGAAUGUUACUUUAAAAAAAAUUUUGAUAUUCAAGGUAGCCAAAGCAACAAUGUUUUUAUGUUGUAAAACGUAUGGUUAAUAGACGUUGUGUGAAAGGGUAGAGAUUUUUUAAUAUCCGUGUUUAUAGUUAUAAUGCAAUAAACAUGAAUUUGAUCAUAUUUAUCAUAAAUACGCAUUUCUGAGUAAUUAUCGAAGACAUCUGGCGCUUGAAUGAAUGGAUACCAUGUUGUCAUAAUACUACCAAACAAAGACUGCGUACUUGAUCCAGGAUUUAGCACAAAAUAACCGAUAACAUUUCUAUGUGAUAGUUGAUGGUGCUCUGCAUAUUUUUGUGUUCUAGCCCCAAUUUAUAGACAAAUUCAAGUUCAACUAUAAGACUUUGACCAUUUGAACAAAUAUAUGCACAUAUAAUUUUCAUAAAUUAUGUUAAUAGAUUAAAUUUCAGUCAUUAAAACCAUUCCCAGCUGAUGUCUGUAUGGACACACAAAUUAAGCAGCAGGCGUGCCACUUUUUAAUUCAUUCCAAUAGUGGCAUGGUGCAGAAUAUACAUGUGUACAUGUCAAGGACUUUGUUCAAAAUUAUCAGAUAUAUGGUUACUUCCAAUUUUAUUGAGUUAUGGGACUUGUGCACAACCCUGUGUAGGUUUAAUUUUUCUUUCAAUUACUGUGAAUUUUCUUCAGUGGCCUCUUAGGCUUCAAAAUUUAGGCCCUUCACAUCACUGAAAAAUCCUAGGACAAAACAGCUGUAUGAUGCUGUUUAAAACAUUGUUAAGCUCAGCUGUAUCAAAUUCUUAAUUUGUAUCUAAAUGUGUUAUUCACUUGUGUGUCUAUUGUACAAGAAAGCGAGAAUUUUGCUUCAUUUACCAGAUUUUACUUAAGAAAUUAUGGUCAUGAAGUUUCACCUGGAUAAAAUAAACCUCAUUAUGACACAGCAGCAGUAUACAUUAAACCGAAAUGUCUGUCUUGAAAUAGUUGUUACUGUAUACAUAUUUGGCUUGAAAUAAUCCUGUAGGUCAAACAUAGUCGUUUGACUGAGAGUAAGAUGAUGGGCUUACCACUUUAUAGUAAAAUGACAUUGAAUUUGUUCUAUUAAAACUAGUGAGUUUGGGUGGGCUAAUUACUGUACGUGGGCUUACUGUUGGAUUGAUAUGGUAUUCUACAUUAAUUUGAAAUUAAUAAACAAAGGUGGUUUCAGUUGAUGUUAAAAGUGGAGAGAUGAAAGAUGGGAACCUUGACAUUCUCUUAAAGUUACCUGCAAGAAACACUAAUUAGCAUAUUGUGAUAAUUAAGAUUUCUGAGACUGACUUAUUGAUAAGCUGAAAGGUACUUUAAGUAGUGAUUAAAAUUAUUUGUUUACUACAAGUUUAUGUAUUCAAUAGCACCAUAGUAAUUUAUAUCAUGUGAUAGUAGAUAUGAUUAAGUCUAAAUACUCCAGAAAAUAUAGCUCCUUUUAGAUUGAUAUAUAAAAAAUACUUAUCUAUAUAUAAUCAGUUACGGGUUUGCAUGCUCCAUAAAAUGAUUUUCUGUCACCAGUUUAUAGUGCUGACAAAAAUGUAUAUAUCUCUGUGUAAACAAUAUCUGAUAUAACUUAAUUAAAAGCAGUUAUACAUAUAAUCUUGCUUGUAUUAUAAAAUUUCAUAAUAUAAUAUCUCCUUUUGGAUUUAGUUAUUUUGAUAUAAAGAAAUACAGUCUUAUGAAAUCUCAAUGGAAUUUGAUGCAUGGUCUAAUUGAAGUCUAAUUGAAAUUACAGUUAGAUAAUACUAGCAAUUAUUUGUUAUUUUUUGUGUCAAAACCUAUAUAACCCUUAAAUCAUGCUUAUUCUGUAUCAAAAUCAUGUACAAAUAGAUUUCAUUUUAUUCCACUACCAGUAUUUAAAAGAUACAAUGUUGAGUUUGUGUCUGGUUGUCAGAAUAGUAAAACCAAAUAGAACUACAAAAUUUUGAAUGUACACUCUCUGUAGAUGAUAAUACUGUGGAUUGAUUGUUAUAUUUUAUUUGAAUCUGAUUUGUUUAAAUGUGUUGAGUCGUUUGGAUGUUUGAAUCUGGGUGAAUGAGAUGUUUGAUAAUUGUAUUAUACCAAUACAUAUGGUGUAAGAAAUGAGGGUUGGUGGCACCUCUUUGUGAAUGGAUAUUAUUAUCUAUUUUAUCAUUUGAAAUUUGUUUUAUUUUUGUACUUAAAGAAAGAUUAUGUAUCAUUUAGGUACAUUUAUUAAGUUUUUUUUCUGUGAUAUAUUUAAUAUUGUAGAUAAUUGGUUGUUAGUAAUUGUUUAUGAGUUGAAUUUCUAAAUAAUCAAGUUGAAAAUGUAUGUAGGGCAUGUAUGGAUGAAUGACAAUUUGUCAUUUGUAGAUCUAGAAGAAAUUUCUGAUAGCACCUGGUACAUGGUAUGCUGUCAAUCAACAAUUCUUGUUAAUAGAUAAAGAUUGUCCUUAGCUUACACCUACAACUAGGAAUAAUCAUAAUUUAAACCUUAUGUAUCAAGUCUGCAGCAUUUUGUUCUAUCGUAAAAUCCAUUCAGUUCAUACGUAUAUCAUAUACAUAAAAAGCAAUAUUUGAAUUAUGCAUGCUAAUAAGAUGCAUAUCGCUAGUAAGAAAACACCCUGUCUGUAUCAUUAGUUCAGGUAUACAAUUUACAGAGCAAUGGUUAAUCUCACUGUUAUUGGUGUAAAUGUGUUUUCUCUCACUACACUGGUAUUGCUCUACUAUGAUUUUAAGACUGCCUUAAUGUUGUCUACAUUUUUCUUAAAUCUUUCUCUUUUCAAUUUUUUAAAAAUUUUUCAAGA